AUGGGAUGCCCACCACCUGCUGCAGUGUGCACCUGGAUGUUCCUGCUCUUGCUGUUGGAAGCCUGUGCAGGACACUGGAGAUCACAGGAGUCCAAGGUGCUGGGGGGUCAGGAGUGCAAGGCCCAUUCACAACCUUGGCAGACAGCCUUAUUCCAGGACAAACAGCUGAUGUGUGGGGGUGUCCUCAUAGGUGACCAGUGGGUCAUCACAGCAGCCCACUGUAAAAAAUCGAGGUACACAGUACACUUGGGAGACCAUAGUCUGCAGAGUAAGGAUGGGCCACAGCAAGAAAGGGCUGUGGCUCAGUCCAUCCAACACCCCUGCUACAACCACGACAGCGAUGACCACAACCACGAUCUGAUGCUCAUUCGACUACGUAAUCCAGCAUCCCUAGGACCUACAGUGAAGCCCAUCAACCUGACAAAUCACUGUGCUCAAGCUGGCCAGAAGUGCACCAUCUCAGGCUGGGGCACUGUGACCAGCCCCCAAGCGAAUUAUCCUGACACCCUCAACUGUGCAGAAGUAGAAAUCUUUCCCCGGAAGCGGUGUGAAGACGCCUACCCUGGGAAAAUCACAGAGGCUAUGAUCUGUGCAGGGGACAGCAGCGGGGCUGACUCGUGCCAGGGUGAUUCCGGGGGCCCACUGGUGUGUGGUGGCGUUCUCCAAGGUAUCACAUCCUGGGGAUCGGACCCCUGUGGGCAGCCCCAGAGACCUGGCGUCUACACCAACCUCUGCCGCUACCUGGACUGGAUCAAGAAGACCAUAGGCAGCAGGAGCUCAGCAUAA